AUGGCAGAACCGCCAUCCUAUGCAGCGGCGAACAUCUCAGAUCCACGCUCGCAGAUCCACAGUGCGGAACUGCCUUCUUUCACGUUGGACAAAACACUGGUCUUCCCUUCAGGGCCACCAGCAGUCGCAAUGUACAAGGUCAGCCGCGAUCCACGCGACAUACAGAGCCAUGGUAGUUUGGAAGUGGGCAGACUGCACUACAGGUUAACUUCGACCGGCGGUGAGGGGAACAUCCGCCAAAGUCGGACAAGCGAUCUAUACCAAAUCCUGCCCAGCCGGACGCCUCACUACCUGUACAUUGGUCAGCGAACGGAGGUGCUGCUGUUCGGGAAAGGCUCUAGACGUGCCACUUUUGAGGAGGCAACCAUGAUUCCCGGAUGGGGAACUGGGAACUGGAAGAUCCCGGGCUUCUUUCGCGUCAAGCGAGGAUUGCGGAGCAAAAUGAGCGCAAAGGGCGAGACUCGCUGGUUAGACUGGGCGACUAGGAAGGUCGUGGCUGUAGAAAAGAAACAGGACUGGCCAGGUUAUCGUCGAAUAUUGCCCACGCUGGAAAUAAGAGUUGAUCUUGGGGACAAAAGCACGAACUUGCUAAUCUCGUGUUGGGUCGCUAGGCUGUGGAGGGAAUCAGAAUAG